UGUCAUCCAAUAGAUGAGGCUGGCGGCUGAUGCGCAUGUAUGCAGUCCACUGCCUCAACACAUCACGGCGAACCGCACUUGACAGUUUUCCAGGCUGGAGGGGGGAAAACACACCAUUCAAGGGAGGAAACCAGACUCGCUGAAUUUCCAUCAGCCAGCCGUCAUCCGCAUCCACCCGAGAUGACAGCGUAACCAGGGCGGUGAGCUGUUACAGAUACCAAAACACAGCCGCUUUGUUGAACGGGAUCUGCUGUGACUGGACAUGAAUUCGGCGGAACAGACGGUUACAUGGUUGAUUACGCUCGGGGUGCUGGAGUCGCCGAAGAAGACCAUCUCGGAUCCCGAAGCGUUUCUGCAGAGCUCCCUGAAAGAUGGGGUGGUCUUGUGUAGGCUGCUGGAGCGGCUCAGCCCGGGGUCCACGGAAAAAAUUUACCAAGAGCCGAAGAACGACGGCGAGUGCCUGAGCAACAUAAAGGAGUUCCUCAAGGGCUGCACAUCGUUCCGCGUCGAGCCGUUUGAGGCCAGUGACCUGCUGCUGGGCCUGAACUUCUCAAAGGUGCUGAGCAGUCUGGUUUCUCUGAAUAAAGUGACCGCAGAUAUCGGCGUGGGCAGUGAUUCGGUGUGCGCCCGGCACUCUUCAGCCCACCGCAUCAAGUCGUUUGAGUCGCUGUCCUCUCAGGCUUCACUGGGCCGGUCCUCCAAGCUGAUGCAGAACCAGUUUCGCAGUCUGGACAUGUCGGAAAACAGCGGACAGCAGCUGCUGGUGAGGGCGCGUUUCAACUUCCAGCAGACCAACGAGGAUGAGCUCACCUUUAAGAAGGGUGAUAUCAUCAACGUGACUCGUCAGGAGGAGGGCGGCUGGUGGGAGGGGAUGCUCAAUGGCAGGACCGGGUGGUUUCCUAGCAACUAUGUCCGUGAGGUGAAGGGCUCUGACAAACAAGUGUCCCCCAAGUCUGGCACCCUCAAGAGUCCACCUAAAGGCUUUGACACUACUGCAAUCAGCAAGACGUACUAUAACUUGGUGUUGCAGAACAUUUUAGAAACAGAGACCGAAUACUCCAAGGACCUUCAGACUCUCCUCACUAACUACCUACGGCCUCUCCAGAACAUUGACAGACUGAGCAGCUCCGAAGUGGCUCUUAUUCUGGGAAACCUCGAGGAGAUCAGCACCUUCCAGCAGAUGCUCGUCCAAUCGCUGGAGGAGUGCACCAAGCUUCCAGAAAACCAGCAGAGGGUGGGCAACUUCUUCCUCAAUCUCAUGCCACAGAUGAAGGCUCUUUACGUUGGCUACUGCUCCAAUCAUCCCUCAGCAGUUAACGUGCUCACCCAACACAGCGAGGUGUUGGGGGAGUUUAUGGAGGGACGCGGUGCAGUCACUCCCGGGAUGCACACCCUGACCACAGGCCUCAGUAAACCCUUCAUGAGACUGGACAAAUACCCCAAUUUGCUCAAAGAGCUCGAGAGGCACAUGGAGGAGAGCCAUCCAGACAGGCCAGACAUCAUGAAGUGCAUGGCAUCUUUCAAAAAUCUGUCUGCUCAGUGCCAGGAGGUGCGGAAACGUAAAGGGCUGGAGCUGCAGAUCCUCACCGAGUCCAUCCGGCUGUGGGAGGGCGACGACAUCAAGACCCUGGGGUCUGUGAUCUACAUGAGCCACGUCUUAGUCCAGAGUCCUGUUCCAGAGGAGAAGAACGAGCGUUACCUCAUGCUCUUCCCCCACGUCCUCCUCAUGUUGUCUGCGAGCCCCAGGAUGAGUGGCUUCAUAUUUCAGGGAAAAUUGCCCCUGGCUGGCAUGAUAGUGACCAGACUAGAAGACUGUGAAGCCCAUAAAAACGCUUUUGAGCUCAACGGCACAAUGUUUGACCGUCUCCAGGUGGUGUGCACCAACCAGCAGGACCUGCAGGACUGGGUGGAGCACCUGAGCAGACAGAUCAAACACACGGCAGCCACGGCACCCAGUCACAAACCACUCACCGUUCCCUGCCACACGCUCCCGUCUCACCCGCUCACUCCCUCCCGACAUGCUGAGGGCAGGUCCAUGACAGUAGCCCCGACUUACCACACCCUGCCUCACCCGUCCUCCCACGGAACAUCCCACAGCACCAUGAUGUGGGGUCCGCUGGAGCCGCCCAACACCCCCAAACCCUGGAGCCUGAGCUGCCUGCGACCUGCGCCGCCUCUUCGGCCCUCCGCUGCCCUCUGCUACAAGGAGGAUCUUAGUAAAAGUCCAAAGAGUGUGAAGAAACUGCUCCCUAAGCGCAAACCUGAGAGGAAACAGUCGGAGGAGGAAUUUGCCUUGAGGAAGAGUACAGCAGCUCUGGAAGAAGACGCCCAGAUCCUGAAAGUAAUCGAGGCGUACUGCACCAGCGCCAAAACCAGGCAGACUCUCAACUCCACCUGGCAGGGCACCGACCUGAUGCACAACCACGUGCUCGCUGACGUGGACCAGUCCUGCGUGGACUCGCCGGGCCGCCGUAGCAGCGUGUCCCGACCAGAACUGACCUCUGACCUCUCGGAGGACUCUGACUAUGACUCCAUCUGGACCACCCACAGUUACAGGAUGGGUUCAGUGCCGCGUAAGAGCUGCAUCUCUCACCAGAACUAAAGGACGUACAGUGCUGCCACGCUGUACUGAGAUGUAACAUACAGCGCGCUUACCUCUUUUACCUUCAAUGUAUUACGAUGAGUAGAUUCUUUUUUUAAUUUCCUUAUUUAUUUUCUAUUAUAUCUGUUCAUUUUAUUUGUUAACUUAUUUGUUUUUAUUUAUUUUUGAAGAUGUUUUAAGCAUCUCCCUGUUGCCUUUGCCACUUUCCCUUUUAUGUGCCUCCUCUCUUUCUGUAGUUGUCAUGCAGUAAGUUGUGUGGUAAUUAUUGUUAAUUUAUCUUGAAUGUGACCACUCUACUUGUUUGGCCAUAAAUGUAGUGGACUCUCCGCGGAGAGUACAGGGACUUUGGAGUGGAAAAAAGGGGAGAGAUGGGGACUGAGCUUUUCCUGUCUGAUAUUCAGAUGUAAUUCAGGAACGAGUGUAUUCUAUUUACCAUGUACUACUUCUCUCCAGUAUGUGUUUCUUAGAGUAUGUAUGCUCAAACAUAGCACAGAUGCUACAGAAGCACGCACACACAGGUUCAGGCACAUAUGCUCCCGCUGUAUGAAAAUAUAGCAGCAUGCAAAUGUAAUAACCAAAUUGUCAACUUGAUUUAAGAAAAAAAAUAAUAAUAAUUUCAUCAAUGCUGUUUUCAUAAUUUGAAGUUUUUUUUCAUGUUGCAAGCUCUAAUAAUUAAUUGCAGAAUGAAACUCAACACAGCUGUUGAACAGUCCUUCUUAACUUUAACAGUUAAAGUUCAGUGCAUUCUUUGUCUUUUGUUGCAGCUGCUACAGAAAGAGGCGACUAUCACAUACUCUUCAGUCUUAUAAAGAUUUUGGCAACUGGAUGAAAGCCAGUGUACCAAGAAUGGGGAACUUCCUCACUUACCUAUAGCAGUAGGUAGCGAGGUGCAGAUGGUUUGGGUUUCAUUUACCCAAAGUUUCCAGUGAAUCCUGCAGAGAUACACUAUUUCAACUCUUGUCUUAGGUUCGAUCUGAAAAUUUGGGAAAAAACUUUCUGCAGGACUAGAUUCCGCCUCUAAAGUAAAGCAACUGAAUAUGGGUGGAGGUCUUAAAUUUUAAUACUAUCCCUUUAUUGUGUAGUCUCCUAAGCAUCAGCCUGACCUUACAUCCAGUGAUAUUCCUGUGCCACAAGGUUGCACCUUUACUAUGUUUUACAUCUCAAGUUACUGUAUUAAUGAAAGAAAACAUCACGUGAAUACAUAAUGUAACAGCCCGGUACUAAUGAUCUGUAAACUAUGACCUAAAAUGGUUACAGUGCUGUAAAACAAUGGCUUUGGUCGGUUGUAUUUUUCUCCUGGUACUACAGAACCUGGGCCUUAUUUUCUCAUGUAUUUGAGUGUAAAUGACAGGGAUCUAUAUAUAUAUGUAUUUGGAUUUGGUGCACUAUUAAGGAAGAAUGAUAUACCAGGAAACUGUGAAACGACUGCAGUGUUAUCCUGCUGGUUAACCAACUCUCCUUGUCAGAUUUCAUCCACCAGACUGAUUGUUUACUCCUCAAACUGACUCAGUUAAUACUCUGCCACUACUUUUGCUAUUAUAAUGUGCACUGAUAUCAGGUCAACUUCCACCUCUGUGUUGCCGUCCAUUUGUAACACAUCUAGUCACAACUUCAGCUUGCUUUUUCAACACUAAGCUACAAUUUCUGUACUCCAGCUCUGUAGUGUUACAUCUGAGUGGCUUCGAUAAAUCUAAACUCAAAUGCACGGUAGAACAAUGCCCAGGUUCAAAGUUAUCCUUCAAAUUAAUAAUUUGUCUUUUUGCUAAAUGCUUACUUUCCUGCAGAUAGUUAGAUAUGAAGGUCAAUACCACUCUCAGAACUGUUCAUCCAUUUUGACUUUGAAACUUAGCAUUAAGAGCAAAAGCUGGUCUGAAUCUAUGUAUGUAAGAUCAAACUACGAGUAACUUUAAAACUUAAAAAUAAACUAAUUAAUAAUUGGUUAAUUUCUACAGGAAAUUCUGCCUGAAUUUGCCCUGUUUGCUGUUGCACCUAGUUUGUUUAACGCACCUAGCUACACUAAACAUUUAUGCUAGGUGUGGCUAAACACAGUGACUCUACUAAACCCACAUGAACUGAUUUCAAUCUUCUUAUCUCACUCAUGGAGGAAGCAAAGCAUGUAUCUGGCUCCAUGUUUCGACCUUACAGUUUUGUGCCAGAAGAUGGAACUUAAAGCUCGCUUAAAGCCAGGCUAGCAGUUUCCCUACUUCAUGCUUCGGUUAGCUAACCGAUUGCUGGCUUCACAGGGAUGAGAAUGAAGAAUGUUGUCUUUCAGACUGGUGUCAAGCUACUUGUGUAACUUUCUGAAAAAUCUGUUUCCCAAAAUGUUCAAGGCUUAUAGCUGCUGUUGCAUGCUGUGACAAUUUAAAGCGGUUAGCGUAACAUCACUUGCAGACAUCCCUCGCGUCACAACAGACUAGCACCUAUACGGCCUCAGAAGCCAGACUUGCGUUUGUGUCGUCUGGCUCGUGAGGUUUCCCAUGCUACCUUGCAUUGAUGACUAUUUUUAUGAAGAAGUAUUUUUCCAGUGUUGGUAUCAAAAGUACAGAUCGACAUCCUCUUACAGUAAGCGAUGUGAGCGACAUAUGGAAUAUAUUGGUCCAUGUUACAGUUUCAGCUCUUUUCUGAAUUUCUUGUUUUGUAUUUAUUGUUUUGUACACAAGCUUUUAUUUUAUUUCAUUUUAUUUAUAUCUUAUUCUGUAUGUCAAUGUUUACAAAAAUGAUCCCUGGAUGAAUAGUUUCUUUUUCCUUUUUUUUAAAAAAAACAUUUUAUUUGUCUGUAUCAGAGUUUACACUGAAAUUACAGCAUCAAGUGUUUGAAUUAUUUUGCACAAUCAUGUAACGGGCCAACGGGUGGGGGGGUUAGAAUCUGUUAAAUUCUGUACUUUUUGUCGUCUGCCUAGAGUGUGUAUGAUAUAAUCCUAAAGGUAGACUUAAGUAUUCAGUGUUACUGUAAAGUAAAUGCUCAUUCGUAGUGUAAAUGCUCACCUUCGGUGUUUUGACUGCACGGAGGGUAAAAAAAAAAAAAAGAAACAAGAGACUGCGACAAAACAGGAACAUUUCUAUGUGAACUACUCAUUCAACCUCAGAAUACUGUCAGAGUGGACUUGACAUAUAAAGAGCACAUACGGUAAUCACCCUUUCUGUAAAUACUAGUUGUCUUGGAGCAAGAAAAAAAAAAUCCAGUCUACCUUCUACGAAUAUUUGAAAUAAGAAUAUCACUGUCCUUAUAUCAUGUGCUAUACUUUGUGACAGGUGUAUUCUGUGGUUUAAGAAAUUAAGUCGAACUGUGGGACGGGCAGGGUGAAGAGACUAACUGUCUUUAACCAACAUUGUCCUCUGUGUGCUCUAAUGUUGUAUUCAGUUCACACAUGUGACCAUGUCUUAUCUGCGAAACGGCGCCUUCAGUGUAUUUGUUCUACACUGCUGAAGUGUUCAAGUCCCAAACGCUGUAUCAUGAGUUUUGAAUAAAUCUGUCAUUUGGUAGACGCUGGGCAUUCUGGUGAUUUGUUGCUGUAAAACGACUGAUCUGAUUGUAUUUAGUUUGUGUUGUCAUUCAGGAAAGAUGCCGUAAUUCUCAUUCAUUUUGAAUUGACAGAAUUGUCAUUGUGAAUGACUGAGCGACUAUAUUUGUGUUAUCCUUGUCAGAUAUCUCCUCUCGUUUCCUUUCGCUGUCCCCUCACUCUUGUUUUUUUGUGUGAGAUCUGGCCUGUGCAUGACUAACACACUGCUACUACCAGCUGUGCGUGUUUGCUUCUCUUGGAUGCUGUCAGUUGUUCCAAUAAAGUACAGACUGCGGUCUGAAAAAGUUAUUUACUCAA